UACAAAAAUGAAGUUGCUUUACUUUGUACUGAUGACGCUACCACUUUUAGCAUAUCCAUAUCCAUAUCCCAGCAGCGACGAUGAUAAAUCUUUGGAAGAUGUGAAUGUGGACAAUGAUGAAGCGGCGUCAGCCCAAGAUGCACAUCUUCAAAAACGUUCAGGCGGUAGCACGGAUUAUUUAGUGCACCUAAAAGGCGGCCUGUUGUCAAGUUUGGGUCACGCCUCGGCCGCGGUCGCCUCAAGCAGUUCAGGAGCGAGUAGUGGUGGAGGUUAUAGCUACAAACCGCAUGGAGACGGUCACCAUAUUAAUUCUAUUGAGUAUGAUCCAUGGUCAUUGAAAAAAUCCGUACUGAAUACAAUAUUGACGGCGGUAAAAGCCAUUACCGGCGGUGUGACUGCCUUAAAGGGUCAACUAAUUAAGAGCAGUGGGUAUGCGUUAAGCGCUAGCGGGCAUUUGGCAGCCGCAUCGGGUGACAAGAUUACUGAUGUCGGCAAAAUUAUCAUUAAUUCGGCAGCAAGUAAAGUACACCCACCACCAAGCGGUGGCGGUGGCGGUGGCCAACAUCCUUUUGCCAAAAUCUCUUCGUUAUCAGGUGCCUCCUCGGCUGGCAGUAGUGGCGGCAAGCCAUCUGGUGGUCAUGUUGUGCACACAGACACGAUAACAAGCUACGAAAUACCGAGCGGUGGUCAUGGCAAUUAUGGUCCUCCCCCCAAACCGCAAUAUUUGGCGCCAUCCGGUGGAGGCGUAGGUGCAGGUUUCAGUCAUGGCGGCCAUGUUGCUUUCGAAGCGCCCUCAAGCAAUUAUUUGCCAAGUUCGUAUGGACUUAAUGGACAAGAUGAUUUCAAUAUAUAUGGACGUCAUAAGAAACUAACAGACGAAGAGGCACGGAAAGCCGCCGCACAGUUACAAGAAAUCUUAAGUCUAUUGCCGAUUACUAAAACCGAAUUAACCGCUUCGAAAACGAUCGAUUAUCAUACGGGCCCGGGAACUAAUGCAGAUUCGCAUAGCUACGCUCUAAGCACCAAUCAUUUGGGUAAUUUGGAAUCACUAUCACAUAUCGAAUCAAUUACCGCCGCUUAUGCACCCGCACGACAUGAAGCGAUCUAUAAAAGCCCAAGUGACAUUUAUCACCAGAUGCACAAGCAAAAACGAACCCCGGAAGAUAUUUAUAUCGAGAAACAUCCCAAUGAGAAAUACGAGUACAACUCGAUAAAAAACGAAGAAAAUUUCGAUAACGAUUACAAAUAUGUCAAUUAUCAUGCGUUGCCAGUUACAGAGAGAACUGAUGUCGGUAAAAAUGGGGCAAGUAGUAUCCCUAUAAAAGAUUUAACAACAUUAAUAGCUGCUUUGCAAGCGGUAAAACGCGAUGAAUCCGUGAAGCCAGCAAGUGUAUCGUAUGCGUUGGAAACAAGUGUACACAAAGUGCCGCCAGCAGGUCCAGCACUGUCGUAUGCAACGCCCGUAGUGAAGAAAACUAAAUACAUUUUCUAUCCUCCCGCACCAUCAAAGCCAGAUUAUUACACUAUUUAUAAAUCACCCUCCGAUCGUCGGGCAUCGUAUAAAACGCAUCGUCAAAUGCCAUCCAGUGCACAAAACGCACGACGCAAACGUAUGGCAUCGAAGUACAAAAGCUAUGAUUACGAUAGUCAGGAUUCGCUUCUGUUCACGCGUCUGUUGGGAGAUUUUUAUUAACAAACACUACGAAGCAAUUCUUCUCCAGUCCUGUAGGCUAAGUUUUCAUUAUUUAUGUACACAUAUGUAUACUUUAUUAUUAGAAUUUAGAACGUAAGCAUUAUU